AUGGCAAAAGCACUCGGUCCAAACGACGCAACCGCCAGGACAGCCCAGCCCUUCCAAGCAUGGGACAUCAUCCGUCCUUCUCUCCACGCCCCUGGCGGACCAUGGGGAUGGACUCACUACGGCAUCUACAUCCCGCAUCUCCCCCAACCGUAUCAGUACCUCAAUGUAGUGAUACUAGUAAACCUAGUUGACCUCUCCAUCUUCAACCACGCCGAAUUCGCAGACGGACCCAAGGCGGUUGUCCAAAAUCCAGAACACCUCACCACUUUGAUGACCAGCACGGCCGCCAAACACCACCACUUUGUGCGCGGCUACAAUUCCAGUACAGAGUGCUCGUUCCCCGACUCAGGGACACCACUACGCUGGGGGGACGAAUUCACCAUGGAGUUUACGCCCUCACACAAGGCAACUAUCACGGGAUCCUUCAAACAAUGGGCGUACAAGCUCGAGGUCGACAUCACGCCCCAGGCAGUGUGGUUCAUAGCCACCUCUUUCUACGAACACUUUAGCCUGCCCAUAUCCGGAACGGCCACUAUAUCAGGAGAAGUAAUCCCCAUAUCAGGAUGUAUCGAAUACGCACGCUGCAAGCCCGCUCCCGGUCUACCGUUGGGGAUACACGCCAAGGUAGCCAGGUCGACGGACUACUUCAUCUACCACGUCGUGGAGGUUGACGACAGACAAAUUCUGUGGGGGGAGAUGCGCAACGCGUUCGUGCCGCCCCGGAAGUUUGUGUACGUGCGGACAGUGCCGGAUGGAAAGGUCAUGGCGGCGUAUACGACGGAGUUGAGUGUCGAGGUGACGGACGGAGGAGUGGUGACGGAUUCAAUGGGCAGGAGGACGAGGAUGCCGAGAGAGUUUAGGGCUAGCGUGGUGGUGGAGGGGACGGUGGUGCUUGAGAUAUUGGGGAGGGUGAGGACGGAGUUGAGGGAUGGGGCGGGGAGGGGGUUCGUGGGCGGGUAUGAUGCUGUUGUGAGAUAUGAGGGGAGGGAGAGGGGGGGAUGGGGGAUGUUUGAGUGGGUGGAUUUGGAGUUGCAGGAGGGGAGGGAGAAGGGGAGGGCGAGUUUGUAG